UACUGCGGCGGCUGUAUAAGUUACAAUGAAGCCUAGAAGUAUUCGCUGUAUGAAGUUCUUUCUCGCUCUCUUCAAUAUUAUCUUUAUUCUUUUUGGUCUCGUACUGAUGGCAGUUACUGUGAUCAAUAUGCGUGAGCGCAAGUCUAUGCCCGAUCAGCAAUCUACGCUCUCGCGAGGAGUGCUGUCCUUCCUCCUCACGCUCGGUGUCGGGCUGGUGGUGACGGCUGUGCUGGGAUGCAUUGGUGCCUUGCGAGAAAAUAUUAAGAUACUUUACGUGCACGCCUGUUUCCUGAUAUUCCUGGUUACUGUGGAAGUCAUAGUGGGAGUCGGUGGCGCAGUGCUUAGCGCUUGGGUGGGGGGUUCCAGCGAGCUCAGCGUACACUUCUAUAAGAACACCACAGUUGAAGACAUAGAGGGCUCUAAUCAGAAGAUGUAUUGGGAUAACUUGCAAUCCGAGAAUCAAUGCUGUGGCGUAGAAGGGCCUGAAGAUUAUGCAAUCUUGGACCGAGAGAUCCCCGCGUCUUGUUGCUUACGCGCUCACCCCCUCCGCGAGGGUGGAGCCCGCCGCCAUCUACAUUCGACUUGCUUGAACGAUAAAUCAUAUUACUUGAAAGGCUGCGAGGAAGUGCUAAGACAGAAGAAGUCGUUCCGGGGAAACAUAUUCAUAACGACCGUCGUCAUCUUUGUAUUGCUGGAGAUUAUUUGCAUCAUACUUGCUUUAUGGAUGGCUAGGUCUGUUCGAAUCGAGCGUCGUAAGCUGCAGCAGAAUUUACAAGCACAUUUUGAAUCGUAA